UUAAAGCGCGUUGUCUUUUUACGUCCGCGCAUGCACCGUCCCACGCGACCCACAAUCGUGCAAUCAUAAAUCAUUAAGUAGAACGGUAUAUGUGUUAACAAAUCGAUACCCCUUUCCUCUCAUGCGCGUUUUAUCGACUGUCUGACGCGGAAAAAUAUAGACUUGAAAUUUGAACUCUGAUAGACAAAACAGUACGAUAUAUAUAUCGGAUCAAACGCGGCUGUCAACUGCCGAUAACCUAUCGAUACAUUUUUCCAUUGAAAUCCACAAUAUCGAAAAUUCUCCUACAGUAAACUGUACGUUUCCACUGCAUCGCGUAACUUCUCCGUCUGGCUAAGCAACCGUUUUUAACAACUCGAAAAUUAUUCUCGCCUGCGUUUUCUCAGGCCACAAUCAAUCAAUCAACCAACUAAUCAAUCAAUCGUCAUGCGACAAUUGAUCCGAACACGAAAGCAUUGUCUGAAAAAUGUUUAGCGAUAACUGUAAUUAAUCCCGAUCAAGAUCGUCUUGAAAAAUUGUCGAAUAUCUUCCAAGCUCCCAAUCAUGCUGACUAAUCACACCCAGCCGGCGUACGGAAGUCGCGAGGAAGGCCCACCGGAGGGCUACAAGGAAUACUAUCUGUUUUUGCUAGAGUUUUACGUGAAAGAGGCGUCGAGCAAGCGCCUGGCGAAGUUAAACGAGAUGUUCUUCGUACCUACAAGCAUCUGCUUCGAAUUCCUCGGCUUCGUGAAGGAGGAUGACCUGCAGGUGACCCCUGUAGACCCUCUUUUCCAGCCGCAGGCGGGCAUCGCCAAUGACGUCGAGGUUUUCAAUGCCGGGAAAUCGGUGCUCUUCGCCAUCGAUUUCAAUACGGUGAUAGAUUGCAGCGUGAAAAUGAUCCUGAAGAUCGUCGUGUGGAAGCGGAUGCCCGACGAUAUCAAGCCGGAUAUCCUGGUGGGUACCGCCGAGCUAGAUCUGACCAAUCAGUACGCCGCUUUGCGACUGGAGACGCUGCAGUGUUGGACACAAAACGUCGCGACGUCCAAGACAUUCGAUGGCCAACUACCGCUGAUUCACAGCAUGGACGAGACGGGCAAGCUGGAUGUCUUCGUGAGGAUUUCCAGUUUCGGCCAGACGAUCGUUACGGAUUUUAACGCGCCAAUGCCGCAGGACUCCAGGACGUUCGUCUUCGGCGCUGAAGAGGCCGACCCGAAUUUGGCGUACAAAUUUCGCAAAGUGGACUCUCGUACCGUUGACCUCUCCCGUGACUCCAGCAAGGAUCUCCAAAGUUCGGUAACAUGCCCCGUGUGCCUACCUGAGAGGUAUCUUUGCAUACCGUGCGGAAAGAUGGCGGCUGUGGAAGAGAGAGACGAAAAAGUGAAAGGCGCGCGAACAGAUACGGCGAUAGAAAAGAAGUCUAAGUACACGGGGUCUAAAUCUAAAAUUUAUCUUCAGACAUCAAAGAGUAUACUGCAAUCUAGUCGGGACUCAUCCCAGCCUUGUGGUAAGCCGGUCGUUCUCAAAGUGUCCGGUCUGUUCGACAACGGCGAUGACGAGAAGCCUACCGUGACGGUUGCCGAUGAGAAUGCCGCUACGAAACCGGACGAUCCGUCCGAUCCCGAUCACGAUGUCUUCAUUCUGAGGAUCGGCAAGAAGGGCCUUGUCGGUAUCAACGAGAAAUCCGACAUACAGCUGGAGAUGAAAACCCCGAAAGGACCUGAAAGAGGGCCGCCAAUUAGGUAUGAGACCAGAGAGAUGCAAACGGAUGUCAAAGAAGAAGAGGUGAAAGAUCAGAAGAAGAAGAAAGAGAGGAAAAAGAAGAAGAAAUGACAGAAGUACUCAAAUUUGGAAGCUGAGUUCUGAUAGAGUGAAUUCUGAAGAUUUUAUUCUUUCCAUGAUUUUUGUAUUCGCCAAUUUUGCAUUUUGAUAUAACUGUAUAUCACUUUUUUGCGUUUAUACAGGUCAUUUAUAUGGAUCGUGAUUAAAUUCUCUCUACUGUGAAAAAUUACAUUGUCAAUAAACUUCAUUCCUGAUUCCUUUGCAAAGUGCAACGUGAAUAAUUUAUUCUAGAUUAAAUAAUCAUAAAUAAGCCUUCUUACUGAAAAAUCCCUAAUUCAAAUGAUUAAAGAGUCAACCAAUACCGUUUCUGUAUACAAAGUAGGGCGAUAACUUUGUCCAUCUGGAAUAUUCCUAUUAUUUUUUGUAAAGUAAAAAUAUUAAAUUACGAAAAUUAUAUGGUAUUGACGGGAUUAUAAUAUAUUAAUAAUAAUUUUUCUGUGGGUGGAAGCGUUUCGGAGAUUUUAGAUCACUUCCAUUUUUUCAAAUAGCAUGCUAUGAUACCAUACAACUUUCGUGAUUAAAAUAUUUUCACAUUUCCGAAAAUAGCGGAGAUAGUCCAGAUGAACAAAGUUAUUGCCCCACCUUGUAUAAUUGUCAACCUCAAAAUUCUUAUAUUAGUGAUGACAACCUAAAUUAAUCGCAGUGACAAAUAACACGUAAUAUUAAAUAUAAAUUCCUAAAGUCAAAAUAAUCGAUCACUAAAACUACCAACAUCAAGCUUGAAUCAGAUAUAAGACAUAAAUAUAAAACACAAAGUUCGAUCGAAUAAAUAAAUAAAUAAAUUA